CAAGCCUUUUUAUAGUCCAGGGUCUGUUGCGCGGCUUCGUUGAGGGAAUCUUUGCUGGAACAGAAAGUGUUUUUCUCAUCGGCCCGAUCACCAUGCUGCGUUGGACAGAAUAAUGAAGGAAUACAGACACACCUUCCCGGUACAAUGUUCCAAUCUCCGGUGAAGUGAUCGCACUCGCUGAGUGUUCUACAUCUGAUAAUGGUGAGCCGAUGGAAGUACCUGCUGAGCUUUUCUACUGUCAUGACUUGUUACCUCUUCUACCAGAGCCUACACCCCCCGCACCGGACCCAGCACUACCGGGUGAUGAAACACGGGGAUAACGUUUCUGCGUCGGAAUGUUCCCACCUGAGGUCCCUGAUAUUGAAUUCGGUGCUGGGAAUAUUUAAACAGCAAGCAUUUCUUGGGGUGGUGAAGGCACUUCAGAGUUGUCCUUGGAAAGAGGACCAGACAGAGCGUAACCUGUUUAGGGCCAACUUGGGAAAAUGUUGCAAUGCUUCAUACUCAAUGAUCAUGACGCAGGAGAAUACUGUGAUCGGACAAACAAUUAACUUUGAUGCAGAAACUAAAAUAAAACAAAACAUCACCAAGAGCCUGUACAGUCUGUUCCCGAAGAAGUCCCCCUUCCAAAAGCCAAUCAGAACCUGUGCAGUGGUCGGCAACGGUGGAAUCUUAAACAACAGCUCUUGUGGUGCCCAAAUUGACGGGGCUGACUUUGUGUUCAGGCUGAAUUUUCCUCCACUGAACUGGACGGAUGACGUUGGGGCAAAGACUGAUCUGGUCACCUCAAACCCAAGCAUCCUAAUAAAUAGGUUCAGCAGUCUCACAGAGCAGAGGAAACCAUUUAUUAGGAUGGUGCAGGAGUACGGCUCUCCUCUGAUCCUCCUGCCUGCGUUCUCUUAUUCAGCGAACACAGAGGUUUCCCUUCGGGCGCUCUACACCGCCGACGAGUUUGACUUGAAGAGCAAGGUUGUUUUCUUCAACCCGGACUAUCUCAAGAACCUGACCGCUCACUGGAAAAGCGUGGGACUCAAGUUUGUUCGUUUUUCUUCUGGACUUAUGGUGAUGAGCAUGGCAAUGGAGGUUUGCGAUGAAGUCACUCUCUACGGCUUUUGGCCUUUUCCCAAAGACCUGAAUGGCGUUCCAAUCCUUCAUCACUAUUAUGACAACGUUCCACCGAAACCUGGCAUCCACGCAAUGCCUGAGGAAUUUUAUCAGUACCUACAAAUGCACGUUAAAGGUUCUCUACGUCUGAACCUGGGACAUUGCUAAAUGUUCUGUGUAGUACAUCAAACCCAAGAAAGGUGUAACCCAUCCAUUGGACAGCGGAAAUAUUGAAAAUACACAAGACUGUAUAAGGAUUUGCACGGGUUUAAAUGGUGGAACCAUUAAAUGAAGGAAAUAUCCUUACCUGACAAGUAAGGAGGAACUUUAAAGGGGUUGUAAAGGUAAAAAA